AUGCAUAUAAAUAAAACCUUAGAUACUUCACCAGCUUCAGAUAAUUAUAGUCGUUCUUACGAUCUUAAUAGUAAAGAGUGUUUAUGUUGUGGAAGAGACAAGAUUCGUAUUGAAUUCAUUAGAUCCUAUGGAGAUCGUGAAGGAAAAGAAAGUAAAUAUUCUAAUUGCAAUAAUUGUGCAAGAAAAAAGAGAAAAUCUUCGAAUUAUGAAGUUAAUAAAGAUAAUCAGUAUCUUCAUGAAAAGAAAAUAAUUUAUAAUAAUGAAGAUAAUGAAGAUAAUAUUUUGUAUGAGUUGGCUGAGUUAGAAGAGUUGGUUGCUGACUAUUUUACAAAUACUAAAGAAGAUCAAAUAAAGUUUUUAAAAAACUUUGAACUUGAAGAUAAAUUAAUUGAUAGUUCUCAAAUAUCAAAUAAUAAUAAAUUAGAGGAUUCAAUAAACGAAUAUGAUUAUAGUGCAGAACUGAGUCUUAAUGCUUGCAAUGAAUUAAUCGAAUUUAGAGAAAUUGAAUUAGCAGAAGACAAAAAAAUAUUUGAAUUCUUAUUAGAUACUGUUACUUCGAAUAUUCAAAAUGAUAAUUUCUAUAAUACGUAUAGAAAAUUAAGACAAACCUUAAUAACUGAAGCAAGGGCUUGUCAAAAAGCUUUAUCCGCCAGAAUACAGCAAAAAACUUGGAAACCUCCAC